AUGGCCACUUCAUCUCACACAAAAGCUUAUGAGUAUGACUUCUACAUCUCAAGUCAAGAUAAAGAAUGGAUCAAAAAUACUGCAUGUAAACUAGAAAAGACUGGGCUGAAAGGACGAUAUGAUGACCGGGACAUGCUAGGUCUACCAUCAAAGAUGAAGCAGUUUCAAAACUUUAACCAAGAAUGUCACAAAAUAAUUUAUGGCUUUGGCCCCUACAGUUCAGAGAAUGAUCACAAAUCUGAACUAUCUCUGGUGCAGACUUUUGAAAACAAUGAGAACUGCAGGAUAAUUGUUGUUAAAUUGACAGACGAUAGUCAAAUUCCUGAUUGCUUUGCCAAUCUCUAUGCUUUGGAUGCGAAGAAGGAUGAUUUCAUUAGCAAGCUAGAAGAAAGUGUGAGGUUCAACCUAGGUGAAUCAAACAUGAUGGGGAAAAAGGAUAGACCACCAAAAUUACCACAAACAAAUGCAGGAAUGGCAAAAUAUCACAAAGACAUUCUCCGAAAACAUAUGAACAACUUUGCACAUAAUCUACCAUAUCAAAGUGUACUUGAUCAUAUGCCACAGGUGUUCACGCUAGAAGAUGAGUCUAGAAUCAAGAAUAUUAGUCUUACAGACUUUGAAAAAAGAAGAAAACUUGUUGAAAUUUUGAUGAUGGAAAAGAAUUCAAAUGCAUUUCAACAGUUUGUGAAGGUGCUGGAAAAAGUUUGUUCCUUUAUGGCUGAUGCCUUGAAAAAAGAUGCUACUGAUGCAGAGACUGCUGCCAGAAUAAAGAAUUUAAAGAUCUAG